ACGUCUUCUUCGUACAGGUUUGUCUGUACCAUCUGCCUCUUUCUCUAGGCCUGCUCGUUGUAGUUGUGGGUAGUAAAUUCAUCUUUCUUUUCUUGGUUUUUAAGAAGGAUUCAAGACGUCGUACGCAAUGAGAGGUGAUCGGGGGCGGGGCCGAGGUGGACGGUUUGGUUCUAGAGGGGGUUUGGCCCAAGGGUACCGUCCCUUUGUUCCACACAUUCCUUUUGACUUCUAUGUGUGUGAGAUGGCCUUCCCUCGAGUAAAACCAGCACCUGAUGAGACUGCCUUCAAUGAAGCGCUACUAAAGAGAAACCAGGAUCUUACCCCAACACCAGCUGAGCAGUCUUCCAUCCUUUCUCUUGUUACAAAGAUUAACAAUGUGAUUGACAACCUUAUUGUAGCUCCUGGAAACUUUGAAGUGCAAAUUGAGGAGGUUCGCCAAGUGGGCUCUUACAAAAAAGGCACAAUGACAACGGGACACAAUGUUGCAGAUCUGGUUGUUAUUCUCAAAAUCCUGCCAACAUUGGAAGCUGUUGCUGCUCUGGGAAACAAAGUUGUUGAAACGCUUCGUGCACAGGAUCCAGCUGAAGUAUUGUCCAUGCUCACUAAUGAGACUGGCUUUGAGAUUAGUUCUGCAGAUGCCACAGUAAAAAUCCUGAUCACCACUGUACCGCCAAAUCUACGCAAGCUGGAUCCAGAGCUUCACUUGGAUAUAAAGGUUCUUCAGAGUGCUUUAGCUGCCAUUAGACAUGCCCGUUGGUUUGAAGAAAAUGCUUCCCAAUCAACAGUAAAAGUUCUAAUCCGUCUUCUGAAAGAUCUUCGAGCCCGGUUUCCAGGAUUUGAACCCCUUACCCCUUGGAUCCUGGAUCUUUUGGGUCACUCGGCUGUGAUGAAUAAUCCUUCCAGACAGCCUCUUUCUCUAAAUGUUGCUUACAGGCGAUGUCUUCAGAUGCUUGCAGCUGGUCUCUUUCUUCCUGGGUCAGUUGGGAUCACAGACCCAUGUGAAAGUGGUAACUUUCGUGUGCAUACAGUCAUGACUCUGGAGCAACAGGACAUGGUGUGUUUCACUGCUCAGACUCUUGUGAGAAUUUUGUCUCAUGGUGGAUACAGGAAGAUACUGGGCUUGGAGGGUGACGCAAGCUACCUGGCCUCAGAAAUGUCUACCUGGGAUGGUGUGAUUGUAACUCCAUCAGAAAAGGCUUAUGAAAAACCCCCUGAAAAGAAAGAAGGUGAGGAGGAGAACUUGGAAGAAGAAGCAGGUGAGGGUGAAGGAGAAGAGGAGAGUAUGGAGACGCAGGAAUGAAGAAUAUAUAAAUGAGUCAAUGUGGAAGCACCACACUUGUGUUACAACUUUUUGUGAGCGGGAGGAUCUGAUUGGGACUAGAUGUAAACAGGAAUCCAUAUUUGUCCUUACUGUAACAACUUUUUUUUUUUUUUUUAUUUUAUGUUAAUGGAAUUUUAUAGGUGUUGCCUCAAUAAAAGGCUUUGUUUUAAUACA